CCCCCUCCUCCUCCUCCUCCUCCUCCAAACACACAACAACAACCACAGCCACAAACUCGCUGCUUCUCCUCCGAAACGCCCAGAUUGCAAACCACAGAGCUGCCUGCAACAGAGAGAGGGAGAAAAAAGAGAGAGGGAAAAGGAGGAGGAAGCAAAAGAGCGGAGAGCAGCUGCAGCCAGCUUUCACGGGCAGAAACGACUGCACAUUGCACAGGCUGCGUCUGCCAGGAGGAGGUCGAUACGAAACUUGGGGAUUUUGCUUAACUUCAUUUUCAGGUCAUUUUCUUGUACCAUUCUAUCAGCUUGCCAGAACAACAGAGUGACUUGGUGUUGGCGAUUCGGCCUUCUGUUCAUUGAGGAAAAGAAAAAAAAAGAGGAAAUACUCCUUGUGUUUUUCUUCUUUUAGGAAGAGAGGGGAAAACGAAAAAGAAGGGGGAAAAAACACCUUUCUCCCUCAGCCUGGAGUUUUUACUUAAUUGAAUCUAUCGGCGGGUUUCUUCGCUUUGGAUUUUCUUUUCAUUUCUAUUUUUUCCCCUUCUGAUGGCUUGCAAGUUGGACUGAAGCAAAGUUUGGAAAGCAAAAGUUUGUUUUAGGGCUGGAUUUAUUUGCAAACCACAGGAAGAAGAAAAUACAAGGGAGAGAGGGGUUGGUGCAGAGCCGCGAUCACGGAGUUCAGAUGUGUUCUAAGCCUGCUGGAGUGAUCACCCUUCAGAAUCCUGAUGGAGACGAGAGCUCAGAAUGGCAGUGGGUCCCAGCCCUUGUUACAGGCUCCCCGUGACAGUGGCAGGCAGCAUGGGGAGCCUGACCUGAGAGACGCUCUUACACAGCAGGUUCACGUGUUGUCACUGGACCAGAUCAGGGCCAUCCGAAACACAAAUGAAUAUACCGAGGGACCUACAGUAGCUCCACGACCUGGGCUCAAACCUGCCCCUCGACCCUCCACUCAACACAAAAAUGAAAGACUCCAUGGAUUAACUGAGCACCGUCAGCUUAGCAGGGUCCAACAUUCACAGACACAUUCUUUUGUUCGGGCACCUCUUUCUCGAUCCAUCAGCACUGUGAGUACAGGAUCGAGAAGCAGUACAAGGACAAGUACCAGUAGCAGUUCCUCCGAACAAAGACUUUUAGGAUCAUCCUUUUCUUCUUCAGGGCUAGUUGCUGAUGGGAUAAUCCGGGUGCAGCCCAAAUCUGAGCUCAAGCCAGGUGAACUGAAACCCUUGAGCAAGGAAGACUUGGGUAUGCAUGCCUACAGGUGUGAGGAUUGUGGGAAGUGUAAGUGUAAGGAGUGCACCUAUCCAAGGCCUUUGCCAUCAGACUGGAUCUGUGACAAACAGUGUCUUUGCUCAGCUCAGAACGUGAUUGAUUAUGGGACUUGUGUAUGCUGUGUGAAAGGCCUCUUCUAUCACUGCUCCAAUGAUGAUGAGGAUAACUGUGCUGACAACCCCUGCUCUUGCAGUCAGUCUCAUUGCUGUACUCGGUGGUCUGCCAUGGGGGUCAUGUCCCUCUUUCUACCUUGUUUGUGGUGUUAUCUUCCUGCCAAGGGUUGCCUUAAGUUGUGCCAGGGGUGUUAUGACCGAGUUAACAGGCCUGGGUGCCGCUGUAAAAACUCAAACACAGUUUGCUGCAGAGUUCCCAGUGUCCCACCUAGGAACUUUGAAAAACCAACAUAGCAUCAUUAAUCAGGAAUACUGCAAUAAUAAUAAGAACUAUUUCUCUCUCUCUCUCUCUCUCUCUCUCUCUCUCUCUCUCUCUCUCUCUCUCUCUCUCUCUCUCUCU